CAGUUGCUUAACUUAAGAGAAAGAUAAUAAUUUUAUAGAAAUGGAGUGAGUAAUAGUGCAUCUGUCAAUGACAAAGUGACAAAUCCGAGUAACAUGAGAUGUCAAACUAAACAUGUGCAGAAAACUUCAAGCUUUGAGCUUUAUAUAAAUUCAAAGAUCUAGUUUAGGAUUCUAGCACUGUAAAUAAGAGAGAAUAAGUUGUAAACAUCUGAAAGUAUCAGUGUUCUAGGUGGGUUUGAAUGUCCAUGGCAUGCUUAAACAUGUACAACAAUGAGCACUCUAUGGACCCAAGAAUCUCUUUCUCAAAUGAUUUUGCAGAUACCCAACAGGCUGCUAAGCAAGAAAACAAGUAUAGGGAAGCACCAGUUUCUGCAGAUUUUGAGUUCUCAGUAAGGAACUAUAACAUGAAACCUGCAGAUGAGAUUUUCUUCAAGGGGAUGUUGGUGCCUUUGAAGGAUAAUUCUGGGAGGAAGAUGACUUUGAGAGAGGAACUGCUGGUUGAUGAUGAGGAGGUGGUUUUGCCAAGAGUGCCAAAGAUUUCUGGUUGGUGGAAAGAGAGAUUGGGGCUGAGGAAGGGUCACAUUUUGUCAAAAAAAGGAGAUAGAAAUGUUUUGGAGGAAGUUGUUGAAGAGCCAAGGCCUGCAUUUGCUGAUGGUGAAGACACUGUUACUGUUGGCAAAACAAUUCAGGAACUGUUACUUGAAGGAGGGUUGAAUUGUAGAGAGACUGGAAUAUGAUUCCAGGGAGGAUGAUGACAAGCCAAGAGAGAUUCAUUCUAUAGAAAACAGUGCCAUUUUCAGAGGGAUGGACUAUGGAGAGCUCCUUUUGCAGAAUAGUUUUUACUUUUUGUCUUCAGCUUCUGCUAUUUUUUCUACUUAGCUUUAUUAUUUUCAGUUAAUUAUAAAAGCAGAACCACCUAUCCCUCUCCUCUCCCAGGGAAAAUUCUGAAGUAGAGAAGCUAUUUGCCUGUUUUGUUCUGUACAAAUGUAUGCAGUUUAAGAACUUUCCAUGUAUUAGAAGUAUUGACUACUGUAAUCUAUUUAUUAUUUUUUCUCAGAACACAGUUUAUUUUUCUCUUUUUUCUCCAUUUUCACGUCGUAUUUCCCUUAUAGUAAUACUAGU